AUGGACUCGGAGUAUUACAGCGGCGACCAGUCAGAUGAUGGUGGCGCUACCCCAGUACAGGAUGAACGGGAUUCAGGGUCAGACGUUGAGGAUGAUGUAAAUGAGCAGCACUCUGGAUCAGACACUGGAAGUGUAGAACGUCAUUCAGAGAAUGAACCUAGUGAUCGAGAAGAUAGCCUCAACAAAAGACAUCAGGUGACAGACUCUGACAAUGAUGACCCCUCAAAUCUUAAUGCCAGUGACUCUGAAAGUGAGGAACUCCAGAGACAAAAGGACAGUGACUCUGAAUCUGAAGAGCAUGCAGAGCCUCCUGCCAGUGAUUCUGAAAAUGAAGAUGUCAAUCACCAUGGGAGUGACUCCGAAAGUGAGGAGACCAGGAAAUUACCUGUGAGUGACUCUGAAAAUGAGGAACUGCUUAAUGGGCAUGCAAGUGACUCAGAAAAUGAAGAUGUUAGGAAGCCUCCUGCCAGUGAUUCAGAAGUUGAAGAGCUCCCCAAAAGUCCUGUCACUGACUCGGAAACAGAAGGUGCUCCCAAGCCUCAAGUCAGUGACUCAGAGAGUGAGGAACCUCCGAGGCACCAAGCCAGUGACUCGGAAAAUGAAGAGCUCCCUAAACCUCGAAUUAGUGAUUCUGAAAGUGAGGAGCUUCCCAAGCCUCGGAUCAGUGACUCAGAAAGUGAGGAACCUCAGAGGACUCAGGCCAGUGACUCUGAAAACGAGGAGCUUCCCAAACCCCGAAUCAGUGACUCAGAAAGUGAGGACCCGCCAAGACACCAAGCCAGUGACUCGGAAAAUGAAGAGCUUCCCAAACCCCGAAUAAGCGAUUCGGAAAGUGAGGAUCCCCCACGGCACCAAGCCAGUGAUUCUGAAAAUGAGGAGCUUCCCAAACCCCGAAUAAGUGAUUCGGAAAGUGAGGACCCCCCAAGGAACCAGGCCAGUGAUUCUGAAAAUGAGGAGCUUCCCAAACCCCGAAUUAGUGACUCUGAGAGUGAGGAGCCUCAGAAGGUACCUGCCAGUGAUUCAGAAACUGAGGAUGCCUCCAGACACAAACAGAAACCAGAGUCUGAUGAGGACAGUGGUGGGGAGAAUAAGGGAGAGGAUACAGAAGUGCAGAAUGACUCCCUUCCUGCAGAUGCCCACGUAGACAGGAAGCGCUUCAACAGUUCCGACAGUGAGGAGGAAGAACCUAAAAGGGCCAAAAUUGACAGUGAUGAGGAUGAAGAAAAAGAAGGGGAGGAGGAGAAAGUAGCAAAGCGAAAAGCAGCUGUGCUUUCUGAUAGUGAUGAUGAAGAGAAAGCAUUAGCAAAGAAGAGUCGUGUUGUCUCUGAUGCAGAUGACUCUGACAGUGAUGUUAUAUCGGACAAAUCGGGCAAAAGAGAGAAGACGAUAGCAUCUGACAGUGAUGAAGAAGCGGGGAAAGAACUGUCUGAUAAAAAAAAUGAAGAGAAGGACCUGUUUGGGAGUGACAGUGAGUCAGGGAAUGAAGAAGAAAAUCUUAUUGCAGACAUAUUUGGAGAAUCUGGUGAUGAGGAGGAGGAAGAAUUUACAGGUUUUAACCAAGAAGAUUUGGAAGAAGAAAAAAGUGAAACACAGGUAAAAGAAGCAGAAGAUUCAGAUUCUGAUGAUAACAUAAAGAGAGGAAAACACAUGGACUUUCUGUCAGACUUUGAGAUGAUGUUACAGCGGAAAAAGAGCAUGAGUGGCAAGCGCAGACGUAACCGUGAUGGUGGUACUUUUAUUAGUGAUGCUGACGAUGUUGUGAGUGCCAUGAUUGUCAAGAUGAAUGAAGCUGCUGAGGAAGACAGACAGUUGAAUAAUCAAAAAAAACCAGCACUGAAAAAAUUAACAUUAUUACCUACUGUGGUCAUGCACCUUAAGAAGCAGGACCUUAAAGAAACAUUUAUUGACAGUGGUGUGAUGUCCGCCAUCAAAGAAUGGCUCUCCCCUCUACCAGAUAGGAGUUUGCCAGCACUGAAGAUUCGAGAAGAGCUGCUGAGGAUUCUGCAAGAGCUACCUAGUGUGAGCCAGGAGACCCUGAAGCAUAGUGGGAUUGGACGAGCAGUGAUGUAUCUCUAUAAACACCCCAAGGAAUCAAGGUCCAACAAGGACAUGGCAGGGAAAUUAAUCAAUGAAUGGUCUCGGCCUAUAUUUGGUCUUACCUCAAACUACAAAGGAAUGACAAGAGAAGAAAGGGAGCAGAGAGACCUAGAACAGAUGCCCCAAAGGCGAAGAAUGAACAGCACUGGUGGUCAGACACCCCGAAGAGAUUUGGAAAAGGUGCUGACAGGAGAGGAAAAGGCUCUUAGACCUGGAGAUCCUGGAUUCUGCGCCCGGGCAAGGGUCCCCAUGCCCUCGAACAAGGACUAUGUUGUCAGGCCCAAGUGGAAUGUGGAAAUGGAAUCAUCCAGGUUUCAGGGGACCUCCAAGAAGGGUAUCAGUCGACUGGAUAAACAGAUGAGAAAGUUCACAGACAUCAGGAAAAAAAGCAAAUCUGCACACGCAGUAAAAAUCAGCAUCGAGGGCAAUAAAAUGCCCUUGUGA